AUGGACCGGUUGAAGCAGAUUUGGGCUGAUGUGCUCUGUCUUGGUGUUGACGAGUUUGGAGAGUCAGACAGCUUCUUUGAGCGCGGUGAUUCGGUUAAAGCCAUUCAGUUACUGGGUGAAACAGCUCUAUUGGCCCCUGACACUGAUCUAGACAUGCUGUACAAAUACCCAACCCUGAGCGAGUUUUACAGUUGGGCCAAGGACAACACCGGAAAAACGCAGAUUGACCCCUCAUCUAAAGGUAACGACUACGUCGCUACCCAGCCACCGUCCAAUACUGUAUCUAGUGAGCGCCAGGAAUUGGCCUGCAUCGCUCCUGGAAUAAAGAUUACGGAUCUUCAAGCCUCCCUCAAGGAUUCGGGGCUCGAAAGUAGGACAGUGGUCAAAGCAGCACGGAUAACGCCAAUCCAAGGAAAUGUAGGACUACUCAAUUACGUCUACGAGGUGGAAGGGCCUCUGCUAUUGAAUGGCCUACAGCAGCUCAUCCAGCAUCUUGAAAAUAAAAACCCAAUACUUCGGACCACCAUCGUCAAAGCCGGAGACGAAUAUAUUCAGGUGGCUCUUGAACAUAGCUUGUCGGAAUGGGUCCACAGCACCAAUAUCCAGGAAUACAUGCAACACACGAUGACCCUUAAGAUGACCCCAGGAGCACGCCCAGUUCAGUACUGUCUCAUCAUGAACGACGAUAUCCACGGCAAGAACUUCUUUAUCAUCAGUAUCCACCACAUGUUUUGUGAUGCCUUCUCACGUUAUUUAAUCGAGAAAGAGAUGUUGCAUAUUCUGCAUUCUCCAGCAACCUAUUUGCAGGAACCCGAGCGUCCCUGGUUUGGCGACUUUGUCACUCACCUCCAUGAAACGCGGACCGACAAUGCGGUAAGCGAAUAUUGGGAAAAAUAUCUGAAUGGCUCUAAUCUCGCAAACAUACAUCCUCACUCCCUAUGCCCAGAAGGUCCUGGGGAGCUCGACGGGGAAAUCAUCGAGGUCGUUCCGGCAUCAGUCUUUAGUUCUCAGUCACAGACUGCCUCACACACACAAUUGAUUCUUGCGGCCUGGUCGCUUGCUUUGGCAAAGCUAUCUGGCCUACGAGAUAUCACUUUUGGGCUGUGUCGGCAUGGUCGCUCCCACCCGUACCAGGACGUUCGGCGUAUGGUGGGGCCUCUGGUCAGUGCUACGCCGCUCCGUAUCGACCUGACGCAAUACAAUGAGCGCGUGGAGGACCUCGUGCAACGCGUGCAGGAUGAGGUCCUUGCCACCGCUCAGUGGGAGCAGGGUCUCAUCCCUGGGGUAUAUAACCUUGGGGAUGGUCGGCCCUUUGUGCAGUCACUCGUGAACCUCAAGUCUGAGCUCUAUGCUAUGCCAGAAGGAUACACAGACGAUGAACAAAAGGGCGACAUCUGGCGAAUGGUUACACGGCGUGACUUACAGGACUAUGAUAUGAAGAGUGACUGGCCGGUUCUUCUUCUCAUUCACCAGCAGAAAGGAGUUUUUCGCUUGAAGAUGUACUAUCAGUCUUCUCUAGUGAGCCAUGAGAAGGCCGCAACCUUGUUUCAUGACUUGAAACAUAUGGUGGAUGUUCUAGCGGGCGCAGAUGAGAUGACAACUGUUGGAGGCUUACUGGCGUAG